AUCUCGUAUAUGCAAAUCACCCACCAGCAAACUACAGUAGCUUUCAUGUUGGCAUUGAUCAUUAUGGGUUCGUCGACAAGUACAGUAGUGAAUGGGCAAGCUGCGUCCGUGACAUGCCCAAGUGCAUUGCUUCAGUUACUGCCCUGCUUGCCAUUCCUCACUAAGCAAGUCCCUUCCCCAUCUACCCAAUGUUGCUCGAACGUCAAGCUGUUGAACGAUGAGGCCAACACCGCCGCCAUUCGUCAACAACUCUGCAAGUGCUUUAAACCUGCUGCCAUCACCUAUCGUGUCGAUCCUCCGGUCGCCAAGGCUCUCCCUAGCUUAUGUCGCGUCAAUGUCCCCGUCCCUAUCGAUCCCAACAUCGACUGCAACACGUAAGUCACGUAUAUAGUGUUGUGCGUGAACAAAAUUUGAUUAACGGUAAUCAUUAUGCUAUGUAUGUGUAAUUGUAUAUUUCUUCUUACAGAAUUUCAGUCUAUGUAUGAAAUAUGGAUGAAGUUGUGCAGAGGCAUGGAUGAGAAUGGAUCUUUGGACGAGAGUUUGCUAUACAGAUUCUUCAAAUGGCGUUGAUGAUAUACCUAAACCACCGUUCUUCAAUUGUCGAUUAGUGCAUACAUAGAGAGAGAGAUCUGAAUAAAAAGCCAGCUAGCUUAGUUAAUAAAGACACAAGUUGUGUUAUACAUGCAAAUUUCUUCUUCUUGUUUUUUGUUUUGUGUCUUUGGCAAUACUCUAUAACUUCAAUGAUAAUAUUGGUUUUCUCUUCAAGUUGGGUAGCUAGAUAGGUGUAUCUAGUUAUUCCUUUUGCUCUUUUGUACAAGAAAAUAUAAUCAGUGUUGCAUUUCGGCAUGGAAAGUCUGGACAACUAUGUAAAUUCCGGUGGCGCGAUGGUCUCUCGUGUCUCUGCCAAUAUCACCUGCAAAACCUCUCUCAAUUCCACUCGAGAUUUCUAGGUUAGAGCAUAAGGAAAACCGACAGAGAAAUAAAGAGGAAGCUUUGAUCUGAUGUCUGGUUUCUGAUUCAAGACGAAGGAGUGUGGGCCUAAUGAAAAGCCCACCAAUAUAAUUUUACCAAGACCCAUGUAACACCCGUUUUCAGGUUAGGAUUCGAUUAAGAUUCGACCGAAUAAAUGAAUCGACGGUUACGUACAAAGGGUUACAAUCCUGGUUAGAAAGUAAUGAUAAUAACUAUUAUUAUUAUAUAUAAAAAAAGGAAUUAAUCCCACUUGCUGUUACACUCACCCCACUCUCACCGUAACCCACCGCCCAUUAAUUCCUUCCCCAACGUUUUUUUACCACACCCUAAUAGAAGAAGCCUCAAGAAAGAAACUCCCCAGCUUCUUUUUGCUUUGUCCCUGCGUUCCCAAGCUUUCCAAUGGCGAGGCCAAUACGUCGCCAACACCAUCAGGCCGAUUGGUAGUGGUGAGCAGCUCAGCAUCAAAGCCUACGCCGGGUUUUAGUCCGGGAGGAUUAAGAUAACACGGUAGAUCUUUAUCGCCGUUGAAUGCGGGAACCCAUCGAUGGAGAAGGAAGGACGUUGAAAGGGAUGAUGAUGGCAGUAGUGAUGAACCUACAAUGGAACGGUGGGAGCAUUUCUGGCGAUGAUGAUGCCGUCGCCCCUGACAACGAUUGGCUGUAGUUGUACGUGGACAAAAUAGACAGAGAGAGUUGGGUCAAGGAUUGGGAUUGUUGAUGUCGGAAGAUACGUUGAGAGGCUUAACGAAGAUCAAUGGCGGUGGGGUGGUGAAAGCAUUCCUACGGAGACGACAGUGCUUUUGUCUCAGAAAAUCCAUUGAGAGGUAAGGAUCGUACCUUUCCUUUAUAUUCCACUUAGACUCAUUUACCACAGUUAUAUUAAUAGGAGUGAGACAAAGCAUGAGAUAAAUCGUUAAGAGAUUAACUGGAACUCCUACGUGAGGUAAUAUACAUGGGUGGAUUGAAUUAUAUUUAUAUGAUGUGGGUUCGGAUUGGAUUUGAUGAUCAAUGGACCUGUGGGGAUUUGGCACUAUUUGGAUGUUUAAUCCUUUUCUUAUGAAUUAAUGGGGACUAAGAUCCUUAAGAAAUAACGUGAGUUAUGCAUUGCUAAGCGCACGCAUGAUGGAGGAUUAUGCGUGUGGUAUUUGGGAAUCGACACGUGAUGGGACAAUGUCCCAUGAGUUGAAUGCUAAUCGUUCAAUCCCAAUGCUUAGAGAGCAUACCUAUCUAGAAUGAAGGUCCCUGCUGGAACUUCAAAGUUCAGAACUCUUAAUUAGCACAAUUUGAUUUGGUUUAGAUGACUUGUGGAAUCAAAUGGAGCUGUUCGUCUAGCAUGGAGUAUGAAUUGUAGAAGAGACAACGACGUGACCUAAGGAUGGAGCUUUAAAAUCAAGGUGAGUGUAGGGGGGGGGGGGGGGGGGGGGGGGGGGGGUAAAAUCUUUGUCGAGGUAUUUUAGUUUAUGUCUUUUAAUUCAAUUACUAGAUAAUUAGCCCGUGCUUCGCAACGGGAAUGAUAUUAUCAAGAAAUGCAUAAACUUAUUAGUUACUUAGAUUUCAAUGAGAGCUCUAUGAAAAUGACUUCAAUAAAGUUGUGGCCAUCUUUCCCCUAAACUUCAUCAAUAGGAAUCAUAUGCUAAGAUAGUUCACUAAUAGACCGAGAGAUAAGUAAUUCGACCCAUUCAUAUUCAAAUCAUGAAUGUUUGGAAUUCAUAUUAUGCAAGGAAACGUUGCAUUUUGCCAAUUCGAAUUGAAGGGUAAAGAACAUUAAAUGAUUCAACAUUAAUUUCCAUUAAACCCAUUAUCCCAACCAAGAAUUUCAGGAACACAUGAGCCCGCCCUGUCCACCAUUUAUUCUCGGUCCUCGGCAUUAUUUACGGAUGCCAGUAGUAUACAUUCUCUCCUGUCGAAGGAAACCAAUUUAACUUCUACUCCUCUUUGGAAAAGAUCUGCCUACUACAAACUGUCCUUUUUCAAAUAUCUCAAUGAUGAGUCUGUCAAUUUAAUAGUUUAAAUCUACAUCACAGGCAUCACCAUCUUUAGUGUCUUAAAACAUGAACCUUUAAAUCAGUUUGCAUAUUGAGUUUGAUGUCUUUAAUAUCCAGUAACUCAUCACUCAGCGAUAGAACUUCGAAUGUAAUAGUGUGGCACUCCUUCAUCCAUCUAAAACAACAUUCAUAAAAUCAUCACCUACUGAAGAAAAAACUCUAAUUUCAACUGAUCCAUCAUCACCUUGCAGCUAGUGAAGCGAAAUUCUCGCUGGUCAAUAUAUCUUAAAAGUACAUGCAUGUACCUAAUAGAAGCAAUAGAAAGAUUAAAUAAGAAAACAUAAAAGGAUAAAAGAAGCAACACAUAGAUAAAUAACCUCAUUGGUUGACUGUUUUGAAUCAAGCCUUAAGAAUUGCAGGCCAAGUUUAAGCAUGCAGAUUUACUAUCCUUCUUCAAGCCAAUUAGCUAGUCAUUGACAUUGAUGCACGAACAGCAAAGAGCAUUAGAUGACCAACACAUUUAGCGUAAGUAACUCGGUGUAAAAGCAAUAGAGUUAUAGAGAAGGCUCUUGUGAAAAGCUCUUGGAUGAUUAGAUUAUAAACUUGCUAAACCAAUCACUGAAAUUGUGUACAACAUGACCAUUAUGACUCACAUCUAUGUCCGAUUCCCAGUCCCAGGAAAUGCAAUUCGCUUCUCUGAUGUUUUGCUUGUUCUUGGACCACUACCACAGAAAAUACAUCCAAGAGACUACUAAAAUUGGAAGUCGUUC